UCCCUCGGGGGCGUGUGCAAAGGAAGAAUACCCACGCGCUUAAUUGAGCUUAAAUUUUAAAUAAAAUUUAAUUCGUAUGCGAAUUGAUCUAGUCGAGUUCCACAGGUCGCUUUGCCUUCAACUUCUCAGCCACGGAAGUACUGCCUUUUUUCCUUUUUGGGUGUGGUUAAGUACAAAUUUUGGAUUUGUCUUGUGUCAAUAUGUAAAACGGACGAGGAGUAUCUGUUUUUCUUUUAUUCUCGAAUGGCAGCAUAUAUUUAAAUUGGCAGGGAGUUUCGCAGGCAACGUCACCUAUAAAUGGCAGACGAAAACAAAAGAAUUUGUUGGAUGUUGUCUUGGUGCACAUCAGCACGAAUUUUGCUGAUUUGUUGCUAGGACUAUGAAUGGCAAAAUGGUUCGGCAGACAACAUGUUUUGUUGAAAAGCAUUGAUCAAGGGAGAGGAGUAUUGGUAUCUCUACUUGAUAUUUGCAAAUGGAAGUUGAGGUGAGAAGAGUUGCAUCGAUGCAAACAUGUUUUGUUGCUCUUCCUCUACAUCUCAUUCAGGCAUUACAGACCACUUACUCGGGAUAUUUGCCUCCUCUGCUUCCUCUGGAGCUUCGACCUCUCGGCCGCCCGGUAACCAAGGCAUCCUCUUGGUACGUUGCCUGGAUUGGUGCAGCUUCACAGUCAACUGCCAUUGAGGUGGCAGAAAAGUUAGCAGAUUGCAUUGGCCUACCAGAUUUUAUCCAAGUGCAGGUAAGAGCAUACACAGAUUUGCCAAAGGCAACUAAAGUUACACUUGAACCUGCAACUGAGGAUGAUUAUGCAAUUUUGGCACUUAAUAAAGAGAAUGCUGAAGAACAAAUAUUGAAUCAGGUUGGCAUUGUACAAGAAGGCCUAAGCUUUCCUUUCUGGCUACAUGGGCAUACACUUAUCACUUUGUGGGUAGCUUCAACUGAACCUAAACAAUCAGCAGUGCGUUUGGUGCCAGGAAUAGAUGUUGUAGUGGACCUAAAGGAGCAUAUUAAGAUUCCAAAGUCAAAUUUAACAGAAAAAACAGCUAAAGCUGUAAAUCAAGCUUCCAACACGAAAGCAUCAUUGCGAGUUCAAGAACUAGAUAGAAGUCUAGUACAAAAUUGUGAGCAUCGAAAUAUUAGGUUUGGUGUUGUACCGACAUCUAUGGCAUUUGUUUCCUCUAUUACAGCAGAAAAUUUUUCAUUGGUCAAUGGACAACCGGUCAUUUUAACACCUAUAGCUGUUGGUAGUAAAAGGCCCCAGAACAAUGGAAGGCGUCAUGGAAGAAAAGAGGAACAAAAGGAUGAUGAAGAAGAAGCAAAUCAUAUUGCUAUGGAUGAGGGUAAAGACAUCGUAAAACAAGUUAUAUGCCAACUUGUCCUUUUUGAUACAGUAGCAAGAGGGCAUGUUAUGCUUGCCCGUUCACUUCGCCUCUAUAUUGGUGCAUAUCAACAUACCAGGGUGGUUGUUAAAGGGUGCACGUGGCCAGUCACUAAGAUUCCUGGGAUUGUACUUUCACCUGUUUAUUUUAAGCCAUCUCAAAUAGAUAAAUCAAACAAAGAAAUUGAUUCAGAUACUCUGGAUGAUUUUAUUGAAAGUGAAGACAAAUACAAUGAAUUAGAUGCAGUUUCUAAAGUGAAAGAGAAAAAAUUUAAUGAACAUAAGGAUAUAUUUUCUGCCACUGGUCCCAUAUGGUUUCCUGGAAAAGAGGAAUUCGAUGCUCCCAGUACUACUAAGAGUAAAAAUUUCCUUUUACAGUCUUGGAUUUCUAGUCAAAUUAGUCUUCUGUCCAAUUUUGUUACAGGGACGGAUGUGGGCUUUUUGCUGAUAGGAAGUGAUACUGUAUUGCAUUUUGAACUGAAUUCAGAUUCUGAAAGAUAUGCUCAGAAAAACUGCCUUGCUGGGCAAAGUGCUGGAACUUGGCAAGUUGGCAGUGAAAUUAUGUUUCUUUUAUCUGUUGAUAGUAGCGAAAAGUUACAAAAUGGUGAAUUACAGGAGAGUAAUCACAUUAGGAAGAAUUUGACAAAACUUAAUCAGGUUUAUAAAUGUGAGCGGAGUAUACUUUUAGAUGAAAGUGAGGAGACUGGCUUGGGACCAAUAAUUGUAGAAGCAAAACUGGGUCCACCUCUUUAUUUGAAUAGUGAACCAGAGAAAUACUUGCAGAAAAGCAUCAGGCCAUUACUUUCCUCAUUGACCUGGAUGGGGGCAGCUGCAUCUGAAGCUCUUAAGCGUCUUACAUUGCUUUCAUCUCCAAUUUCUGACAGGAUUUUCAGCAACCUUUGUCUUCCACUUCCUGGCAAUGUGCUUAUUUAUGGACCACCUGCUUCUGGUAAAACUCAACUAGCUUUGGCUCUUGCACGACAGCUGGAAGAGGAUCCAAAGAUACUUUCCCACGUAGUCUUUGUGAAGUGCUCUGAGUUGGCUUCAGAGCAAGCUGAGGUAAUUCGAGAUGUUCUUUGGAGAGCUGUGUCUGAAGCAUUGGAUCACACACCAUCAAUUUUAGUAUUGGAUGACUUAGAUAGUGCUAUUUCCUCUUCUAGUGACUCUGAGGGUUCUGAACACUCUCGCAGUGCGACGGGUUUGGCAGAAUUUUUCGCAGAUUUGAUUGAUGCAUGUCAGGAUAGAGAACAGAGACCUUGUGGGGUCAACCUAAUUGCCUUCUUGGCUGUUGUUCUCUCUCCAGGGGCUUUGCCUAGCUGUUUGUGCUCUUCAGGGAGGUUUGAUUUCCAUGUUCAAGUUCCAGCACCAGCUGUAGCAGAUCGUGCUGCCAUAUUGAAACAUGAAAUAUCCAGGCGGGGGUUGCAGUGCUAUGAGCAAGUUACUUCUGAAACUGCAUCAAAGUGUGAUGGCUAUGAUACAUCUGACCUGGAAGUGUUGGUGGACAGGGCUAUCCAUGCUGCAGUUACACGAUCAGUUUCGCCCCAGGGGUCGCAAGAGUUGGCUUCUGUAGAAAGUAAACCUGGGUUACUCAUUGAAGACUUCUCAACGGCUCUUGAGAAUUUUCUUCCAGCAGCUAUGAGAGGCAUUGCAAAAUCUGGUAGCCAAGGUGGGCGCAUGGGUUGGGAGGAUGUUGGUGGCCUGUCUGAAACCCGUGCUUCAAUUCAAGAGAUGCUGGAGUUACCUGUUAAAUUUUCGAAGAUCUUUUCUGAAGCGCCUUUGAGAUUGAGAUCAGGAAUUCUGUUGUACGGUCCUCCUGGGUGUGGGAAAACUCACAUUGUUGGGGCUGCAGCUGCUGCCUGUUCUUUGCGAUUUAUCUCAGUGAAGGGUCCUGAACUGCUAAACAAAUAUAUAGGAGCAUCAGAGCAAGCUGUGCGGGAUAUAUUUUCUAAAGCAUCUGCGGCAGCUCCAUGCAUUUUAUUUUUUGAUGAGUUUGAUUCUAUUGCUCCAAAGCGUGGCCAUGACAACACUGGUGUAACAGAUCGGGUUGUCAAUCAGCUGUUGACUGAACUUGAUGGUGUUGAAGCAUUGACUGGGGUAUUCGUAUUUGCAGCUACUAGUCGACCAGAUUUACUUGAUCCUGCAUUGUUGCGACCUGGGAGAUUAGAUCGUCUUCUCUUUUGUGGUUUUCCUUCAGCACGAGAACGACUGGAGAUUCUUGACAUUCUUUCUAGAAAGCUUACUUUGGCAAGUGAUGUUGAUCUUGGUACCAUAGCUUCCGUUACAGAAGGAUUCAGUGGUGCUGAUCUACAAGCUCUUUUGUCAGACGCACAACUUGAAUCUGUCCAUGGGUUUCUUGAAACCAACUUGAAUGGGAAUGAUGGUGGCACCAGCCGUCCCCUCAUAACAAACAGGAUUUUAGAAUCUGUUCUUGCAAAGGCAAGGGCUUCAGUCCCAGAAAAAGAAAAGUAUAGAUUGUAUGAUAUUUAUGACCAAUUCUUGAAUUCAAAGACAUCAGGAGCAGUGAAGGCAAGAGAUGUAAAAGGCAAAAGAUCAACUUUAGCUUGAGGUGAUCAGAAAACUGCUGGAUGCAUUUCUUUCCUUGCAUGUAUAAUUGAAAAUGAAUGUGAAAUAAAGGCAGUUUUAGUGCUUUGAUCGCAUUUCUUGUAACUUAAGGCCUUUUGAAAUGGAAUUAACGGGGAACAAAGAUGUUUUGAAAGAUUUUAGUCAUCUGGCAUUACAUGUAUCAAUAACUAUAGAAUCACAUGCCACAAUGUAUAUGCAUCCAAAUCUCAAGUAUGCCAUACACAAGAUGAUAGCCAUUCUUGUUGAAUUCAAAUGGCCGCUUUCUAUUGUUUGAAUACAUGCUUGGAAUGAAUAUUAUUAUAUUAGCUGCAUGAGGAAUAUCUGUACAUAAUAUUUACAAAACACAAACUUUUGAUUCUCCUAACAUGUAAACAUUGUUUACUUUUUACC